AUGGUGACGGGGUCAAGAAAACCUGCUCAUCACGAGGUCAAAAAAUGUGUUCAUGAAUUCAAUGACAAAGAUAAGCUUCUUGUUGCUCUUGAUGUCAAAGCUCGUGAAUCCUUGAUAAUUAAACUCUACAUUAGCCGAAGUGAAAAGAAACCAUCUGGUCUCAGAAAGUUUCCUUCAAAGAUUGACUCAUCAGCUUCUAAAACUUAUGAUGAUGGUUGGAAGAUUGUUGUUGAGAAUAAAGGACAAAAGUAUUUCAAUUAUGGAGGAACUGAUCGCUUUGCUAGGGAGUGCAAACCCAGGAAGCUAGAUAGAAGAGAAGAUUAUGAAGAAAAGUAUGAGAAGUUGUUGGCCUCUCUGAAGAGGCAAAACAUUGAUGUAAAAAUCUUGGUAGCAGAAGUAGAAAAUUGGGUGGAUGAUGAAAAGUCAUCUAAUGAAGAUCAAGAGAAGUUCAAGUGUUUUAUGGCCCACAUUAAUGCGCUUGUCGCUGAUGAAUGA